AACAAAUACACGUUAUACUACUGUUAGUGUAAUGUUGCUAAUAACUUCCUUCGACGACCUAUUUUUGUGUAAAGCUUCUUUAGUGCUACUGCAGGUUUCGACCAUUUGAUUAGCUAACGUAAUAGAAGCUAACGUUAAGUUAGUUUGCUAAAAAAAAAACAGCAGACGUUACAUGAGUAUAUUAUUAGCCCUAGUCUGGUAGGUAUCAUUAGUUGAGCAUGUGUACUUAGCUAACACGAAAUAACUUAAAUGAAUAAUUCUGAUAAAAUCGGUUAGCUCGGACUGACUUUAUUUAAAUUGUUAUCUUAAUAAAAAUAUGACUCUAAAUUGUGAAUUUGCAUUGCACUACAUUUUAUUUAAUAAAGUUUUUAUUUUUGUUUUGUUAACCGGUUGUUGUGAUCAUAUACAAAUGUUCAGAAACUCAAAAGAAAGCAAUAUUUAAAACGUAUACAACCUAGACAUAUGCUGAGAAAUGAAUGUCAUUACUAGUUAAUACAUCCACUCUACUGUAUGGAUACACUGGAAUGCUCUGCUGUUGAUACUAACGUUAUUACUAUUACAGCAUUGCUCCACCCCUCCCUCCCCCCAAAAAUAUUCUCCCCAAAAUAUGGUUAAGAUACUGCUUUCGUAUUGUGGUGUCCACUUUAUAAGUAUGAGCUGCCAAUUUCAAUCAGCCUCUAAACUUUCACUUGUAUAGAUUGUUCAGCAAUUAGUAUCGGACUAUCAGGAAGUUAUUCGGCUAAUUGAUAUUAAUAAGCCUUCAUGGGUACUCCAAACUGCGAGGGCAAAUACUUCAUGGCGUGAUCUUAACAUUUCAUUAUUUCUAAUAAGGUCACUGAAUGCACUCUGCACAGGGAAUGCAAGAUUAGGUAUUCAAAAGUGUCUCCUUGAAAAAUGAAAGGUACAGUGAUGUGUGUAAAUAUUUGGAUAGUAAUACAAUUUUAAAAGGUUGUAAUCCCUACAUGGCUACCUUUAAAUAUGAACUUUAAAAAUUGUGUCGCUGUCCAGAUGCUUAGGGACCUCACACAUACAUUACAUAUUUUAGACUUUGACAUAAACACUGUCUGUUUCACACAUUCUUGGUUCCUGAGCUGCAGGGCAGCCAUUUUAGCUGGGUCUUGAAGAGGCAGCGUUUCUUAAAGACACGCUGAAGCUGAAGUUACAAGAACACUUUUACAUCCGCUUCCUGGAAAUCGAUUAGAAUUGAGAUUUGACAUCAUCGUGCACAAGUGGGCGUGUAUGUCGCUGAAAUGUUUGUCUGUUUUCCGUUCCCGUCCAAUCAAUAUCCUUUCCACGCAGCGGUGUGCAUCCUUAUUUAGCAUCCCCCUCCUCUUUCGACGUCAGUCAAAUCAGCUCCCUCUCCUUCAAAAAGUCCCCCCGAAAGAUACGUUCCACUCGUGUAUACAUCACAUCACUUCAGUUUCAGCUCGUCUUUAAGAGGCCCUGAUUUAGACCUUAACAGCGCAGUGAUGCUUACUCUGGUUCUGAGAUUCAUAAGUUCUUACUCAAUUAUGUGGCCACAAUCCCCCCGCCCAGAGUCCAUUCAGAGUGUUGCGUUCAAAAGGGCAUUAAGUUGGCCUGUAAUUGUAAACAUGCUUCAAUGAAGAGCAGUUUUCACUCAGGCUUGCACAUGUGUGUGUGCCUGCAUGUGAACAUGCAUGUGUGUGAAUGUGUGCAUGUGCCUAUGUGUAAAUGUCUCUUCACAGGAGAGGCGCUGUACCCCAACUCUAUAAUGCUUCAGCACCCUCAGCAUCUGCAGUAACCAUGAUGGCAGCUCAGUCGGUGACCAUUGAGGAGUACCAGGAGGGAGAGCAGAUGCAAGUGGUGGAGCAGCAGACGGACGGCAACCCUGACCUGAGGUUUCCGGAAGGUUCUGCGGCAGGCGCCAGCAGCCCCCCUCCUGAAUCGCAGACACCCAUGGAGGCCGACAAGGAGGUGAUCUACAGGCACCCCCUGUUCCCUCUCCUGGCACUGCUCUUUGAGAAGUGUGAGCAGUCCACACAGGGCUCGGACUGUGUAAGCUCUGCCAGCUUUGACGUGGACAUCGAAAACUUUGUCCGCAGCCAGGACAAAGAGGGCAAGGCCUUCUUCAGCGAUGACCCCGAACUGGACAACCUGAUGGUGAAGGCCAUCCAGGUGCUGCGGAUCCACCUGCUGGAGCUGGAGAAGGUGAGCGACCUGUGCAAAGACUUCUGCAGCCGCUACAUCGCCUGCCUCAAGGCCAAGAUGAACAGCGAGACCCUGCUCAGCGGAGAGCCUGGCAGCCCCUACUCGCCUGUACAGACACAGACCUCCUCCUCUUUCACUGGGACAUUCAGCCCCCAGGGGAUUGUGGUGCCAGCAUCAGCUCUGCAACAAGGGAAUGUCACUGUGACAGCCAUUAACCCAACCCAGGUGGUGACAGGUGGCACUGUGUACCAGCCUAUCACAGUUGUCACUCCACAGGGACAGGUAGUGACACAAGCCCUCUCACCUGGGACGAUACGCAUCCAGAACUCACAACUCCAGCUGCAACUGAACCAGGACCUCAGCUUCUUUAACCACGACGACAGCUCAUCCAAGAACAAGCGUGGAGUCCUGCCCAAACAGGCCACCAACGUCAUGCGCUCCUGGCUCUUCCAGCACAUCGGGCACCCCUAUCCUACAGAGGAUGAGAAGAAACAGCUUGCUACCCAAACUAACCUCACUCUGCUGCAAGUCAACAACUGGUUUAUUAAUGCCCGGAGGAGGAUCCUGCAGCCCAUGAUUGAUGCCAGCGCUGCAGAGACACCCAAGACUAAGAAGAAGACCCCACAGAACCGCCCACUGCAGCGCUUCUGGCCCGACUCCAUCGCCUCCGGUGUGCCCCAGCAGCAGCUCACCAUGGCAGACGGCACCAUGGUUACCGUGAGCAUGGACGGGCUGCAGACGCUGUCGUCAGACGGAGCGACGCUGGCGGUGCAGCAGGUGAUGAUCGGAGGUCACAGCGAGGACGAAUCGGGCGACAGCGGAGAGGACGAAGAGAACGGAGACCUGUCCACCUCCAACAUGGCCGAGCUGGGCCUGGAUACCUGUGACUCACUGCAGUAGACUGGAUCCGGAGACGCAGUGUCACACAGUGCAGCGCACCUACAGUACGCACUGAAGCACACACACACACACACACACACACAAUGCAGCAAGCACAACCGUCACACAGCCAGAAGCGCCUCGUUGUGGUUAGCACGUGCACAAACGGGCGCUGCGCUGUUCAUCAGGAGUUUCAUUAAAAAAAAACUCUUUUAUAAACGUAGCUGUAGGAGAGUGCACUUUUUUGUAUCAUACAGUAAGGCUUCGAAAGUGUUAAAACACACCCUUAAGAAAGUUUUUAAGGUCGUUAAGUUAAGUAAAUGUUGAUGACUUUUUUUUUUUUUCACCCUUUUGUUGGGGGUGCAAACUCUUAUGCAGUGCGUCCUUCAACUGGCAUGCCUGUGUUUGAAUAGCUGUGCAGAUGAGAUUUAACAGGAAGAGAAGUUAUUUUUGAUAAAACCUGACAAAUGAUGGGUGUCUUUGUUUUGUGGUGUUUUUCUUUUUUUGUAAGGAAUAUUUAUGUAUAGAUUCAUAAUUAUAGUUACGCUGUUGCCCUGUUUUCUCCAGGCCAUGUGGAUUUUUUUUGUUUUUAUACGAACACACAAAAAAAUGGAUUACAAUGAAAAUUAAUUGUUACAAAUAUCCGGAGGUGAGAUUGGUUUUAACGUGAUCAAAAAAAAAUUCCUUUUUUUGGUAAAUGUCACCUAAAAGCACAGGAAAGCUGAUUUCAGCAUAUAGACGAGGGUAACUGAAAGGAAGUGGAAUUCCAGUCUGUUUGGUGCAUUUUGUACACUAAUGGUAUAGACUGGAUGUUUAGAGCCGGGUAAGAUUGUGGACUGGGUCACAGAUUUCCUCAUACUGAUUUUGAGCAGGUUGGGUCGGGCUCCAUUGUGGAGCCUGAGUGUGGUGGUGAGAUCAGUGCAGAACUGAUGACACGGUUUCAUUUCACCAGCAGCGAGGUGAAUUUGUGCUUGUACCCUUGUGGAGCUCAGAGUUUGGAGACGCGUUAACGCGUAAACGUCUGCAACAGAAUGUGGCAUCGCCCUGGGGAAGCAAUAAGAGUGCGAUUAGUUCCCCUGGCUGAGGACCUUGGUCUUUCGCUCAGCUGACUUGUAUCUCUCGUUAUGUGGUUUUAAAACCUGGAGGAGACCUGCCCACGUUACCGUGUCGCUCUUUCUGAGGAUGGAUUCCCGAUACACUGUGUACUGUGAAACAUUGUCAGGAGGGAUGAAAUGUACCCAAAGCCGUUCAAAGCAAACUGUUCACUGUGUGAACAGUUACACCACAGGCAGAAAGAAAUAAACUGUCCAGUGUGGCAGAGAUGGAGGGGUUUUAUUGCAUGUAAUGUCUUUUAUAUACAUUUAACGGUAAAUAACUAGUCAGAACAAUGAUAGAUAGAACAAACUGAGGAGAGGGAGGAAUCGGUGGUUAGGGCUUUAUCAGCUGUUAAAGACAGCUGCACCUUUACGGGAAACAACUGCCACGUUUCCGUAGCUGGUGGAUGUAUGCAGUCACAGCCACAAUGUGUGUUCACAGUUUUCUGACACACACACACACACACACACACACACAUACAUACAUGCAGGUCCUCUGUGAGUGUGAAUGUCUGUGAGGUUUUUCUUGGACGGGGAGAGAAUGAAAAAUAUCCAUAAAAUGAUUUGUCUCAUAAGUCACUACACAAAUUAGGCCUAUUUUCCAUGUGAACAACCGUAAAAACACAUGAAAGUGAAGAUGAAUUCAGUGGUGAAGCUGGGUACUCUUCAUCCCUCAAGCUCUUCAUCCCCCCCUCCCCUUCCACACACUUGCUAACUGUUUCUGCCUUAGAGCUUUAUAUUUUGGAAUAAACUCUUACAUAACAUCAA